CGUUGAGCAGGCGCGCACGUACUGCGAACUACUCAUCCAAAAAAGAUCCCCUUUUUAUUUCACCACCACCAACAACUCUCGAUUGAUUUGGUCCUCUCCUAUCCGGUCCCGUGCGAUACAAAAUUGAUUGAUCGAUCCAUCAUUUUCCGUUUCUCCUUUAAUCCUCUGACCAAAUCGCCCACCGACCGCUUCCUCCCCAUCCCAUCACCGCAAUGCCGUGCUCGUCUUCAAUGGAGGAGGUCGCCCGCCGGUCACCGUCGGUCCUGUGAUCCGCCGCAUCGCCCACUUGCUCCCCGUCCCCCGUCCCGGCGCUCCGGCCUCGUCCGCUGCGGCCGCCACGCCCCGGCGGCAAGGGUCGGUCCGGCCGAAUCGAGCCUCUUCGCGGCGGGAGAGCGGGGCGAGGUCCGGUCCGGGGUGCCGCGAGCGGGAGAGCGGGAGCAGAGUGUUCUGCCUGCCGGCGGUAGCGGAGGCCGGCCUCGGUUUGAGCUCGUGGAGGUGGAGUUGGGGUUGGGGUUGGGAUUGAGAUUCCAGCGGCGGUGAGCGGCCCCAACAGAUCCACGCAUCCAGCGCGGCGGUGACUCGGCCCCCUUCCUUCUUCCAGCUGCUAGAGCUAGCCAGGGGUCAACACAGCGAGAAAGGAAACCAAGGAAGCAUUGCAAAACAGGCUUUAUUUUGGGGGUAGAUUGAUUUUUAAAUAAAGAUACAUUAUAUAGCAUCACAUCAGACUUCUGGACAGGAAUAUGUUUGGGAUCCAACCAAGGGACGUGUCAGAUGACGAUUUCAACCCGAGGAGGAGGAGGUGGUCAUUGUGGACCACGCCACCUGCAUCCAUGCCCACCACCAGCCACACUAGCAGGCCCCGGAAGGGCCAUGCCAACGCCUACCACAUGUCGGUCAAGUUUGAAGAUCUCUGCGGCUUCAUGGUGGAGGGCAAUGUGGACGAUGUCAAUGUGCUGAACGAGGUGAGGGAGAGGAUAAGGGAGCAAGGGAGGGUGUGGUGGGCGCUGGAGGCAAGCAAGGGCGCAAACUGGUACCUCCAGCCGAGGAUCUCCUCCAACGGUGGCCAGGGUGUGAUUAGUGUCACGUCGCUCAAGCUAUCAGUGCUCACCAAUACAGUGACAUUGAGGAGGCUGAUCAGGAAGGGGGUGCCGCCAGCGCUGAGGCCGAAGGUAUGGCUGUCGGUGUCUGGUGCAGCCAAGAAACGAUCGACAGUGCCUGAGACAUACUAUGACGAGCUGAUCAGGGCCACGGAGGGGAAAACCACGCCGGCCACUCGCCAAAUUGACCAUGAUCUCCCUCGCACCUUCCCUUGCCAUCCCUGGUUGAACAGUGAGGAAGGCCAGGCAUCUCUUCGACGUGUACUUGUUGGGUACUCAUUCCGUGAUUCAGAAGUUGGAUAUUGCCAGGGUUUGAAUUAUGUAGCCGCUCUGUUGUUGCUCGUUAUGAAGACAGAGGAAGAUGCAUUUUGGAUGCUGGCCGUACUCUUGGAAAAUGUUCUUGUCAGUGAUUGUUAUACUGAUACUCUUUCUGGAUGCCAUGUUGAGCAGAGAGUAUUCAAAGAUCUGCUAGCUAAAAAAUGCCCCAGGAUUGCUGCUCAUCUUGAAGCAAUGGGCUUUGAUGUUUCACUUGUUGCCACAGAAUGGUUCUUAUGUCUCUUCUCCAAAACAUUGCCUUCGGAGACAACCCUCCGGGUGUGGGAUGUUCUAUUCAAUGAAGGAGCAAAGGUCUUGUUCCAUGUCGCUCUAGCAAUUUUCAAGAUGAGAGAGGACGAUCUUCUACGCAUCCAACAUAUUGGUGAUGUAAUUGAUGUUCUGCAAAGCACUGCCCAUCACCUAUACGAGCCAGAUGAACUGCUCACGUUUGCUUUCGAUAAGAUUGGCUCCAUGACAACGAACACGAUCACAAAAGAAAGGAAACGGCACGAGACGGUGGUCAUGGCGGAGCUCGACCAAAGAACCAGACGGCUGGGGUCGCUCAAGAUGGAUGCAUGAUGCGCAGUAAAAAACAUGUGAAGAGGCUUAGCUGAAGCCCUGUGUGUUUUGAAGAAAGGCGAGACGACAUGGCGAGUUUGCACUCAAUUCCUGGUCAGACUGGAUUCUGCGACGAGUAAAAAACCCGCUCGAGGUCCACUGAAAACAGGAAUGUAUUAUGGGAAGUUGCCAAAACUGCAAAUGUGGGUUUGUUUUUGGGACCUUCAUAUUUGUGUGUUUCUGUGCGUGUGCACGAUGCCGUGGGAUCAGGUUCUGCCGCUGGUUGAAACCUGUACGAAUCCGAUGCUUGUCGGCAGCGCUCAUGGCAUUUGCUUGAUUUGUAGUCCCGAUUUGUCGUGCGUGUGAGAUGGAGCUAAAAAAAAUUCUUCUGUUUUUUACCAAUAACUUGAUCUUGCUUCUGGUUGAAGUUGUGAUAUGGAUUUGAUGUGGUUGACAGUUGAGAAA